AUGCUCUACGUCGUAGUUUCUGCAACACUUUCUGAAAAUAUCAGCCAUUUUUCAGUGCAUGAUACCGAUUCUGAUGUUGCAGACUAUGCGUUGGAAAUAGUAUGCACCAACUGUCGCGAAAAGCACAAUUCUCUUGUAUACGUGAAUGGCCUGGAAAAGCAUGAAGUAAGCGGUGGGAAGGGCGAGGCUUCGCUGGUAGUAAAAUGUAAGUUCUGUGGAAGUCAGUCCACUGUGAACUUGGAACGGACCGAGGAAAAGCUGUACAACCUUGAUGUGGAGGAAAAUGCCGAAGCUGUGGAAAAAGUCAAGCUUCAGAGAAAGAAAAAAGGCAUCAAAAAAGUCGAGAGCUCGAAGUCGGUGGUGCUUGCACUUGAUUGUCGAGGCUGCGAAGUUACAGGGCUGGAUUUUUCAAAUUUGACCUUCGAUGUCAAGCUAACAUCCGGCAGUGAAAUGCAAGCGGUGUUUGAGGGAGAGAACGAAUGGUACGAUUAUGACGAGAACUCUGCUGAGGAGGUGUCAGUGGUGGAUUUGGCCUUUGAGGUGGUGAAGGGGAAGUAG